AUGGACGCCCACUACCUCGUACACCGCCACUCGCACCCGCCGCUCCAGCUUCUUCCUCCGCUACAGCGUCUGCCUCCCAUUCGCAGAUGCCGGCGCGGCGGCUUCACCACCGCCGUCGCCUGCUGCACCACCGCGGCAAACGACGAGCACCAGGAGCGGCCGUGGGAGUCCUACGACCGCGACAUCCAGCCCCACGCGGGCUCCGACAUCGCCCGCUCCCUCCGCCUCCUCGCGGACAUGCAGGCGGCGGGGAUGCGCGCCAGCGCCGCCGCCUACGCGCGCCUCAUCCGUGCUCUAUCCCGCGCCGGCCGCACGCUCGAGGCCGAGGCGCUCCUCCUCGAGAUGCGCCACCUCGGAGCCUCCCUCCCCGACGCCGCGCACUACAACGCGCUCCUGGAGGGCCUCCUGGCCCGGGCGCACCUCCGCCUCGCCGACCGCCUGCUCCUCCAGAUGGCCGACGACGGGGUGCCACGGAACCGCCACACCUACACGCUCCUCCUCGACGCGUACGCGCGGGCCGGCCGCCUCGAGGACUCGUGGUGGGUGCUCGGCGAGAUGAGGCGGCGGGGCAUCCGGCUCGGCACCGCCGGGUACAGCGCGCUGGUGCGGCUCUACCGGGACAACGGCAUGUGGAAGAAGGCCACGGACCUCGUCUUGGAGAUGCAGGAGGUCGGCGUGGAGCUCGACGUCAAGAUCUACAACGGCCUGAUCGACACCUUCGGCAAGUACGGGCAGCUGGCCGACGCGCGCAGGGUGUUCGAGAAAAUGCGCGCCGAGGGGAUCAAGCCGGACAUUGCUACCUGGAAUGCUCUGAUCCGGUGGCAUUGUCGGGUCGGGAACAUGAAGCGCGCGCUGCGGUACUUCGCGGCGAUGCAGGAGGAAGGGAUGUACCCUGACCCCAAGAUCUUCAUCACGAUCAUCAGCAGGUUGGGGGAGCAAGGCAAGUGGGACGAGCUCAAGAGGCUGUUUGAUAAAAUGAGGAAUCGAGGGUUCAAGGACAGCGGUGCGGUGUAUGCAGUUUUGGUCGACAUUUACGGGCAGUAUGGCCUUUUUCGUGAUGCCCGCGAGUGUGUAGCUGCUCUGAAAGCUGAAAAACUGCAGCUUACUCCUAGCAUCUUCUGUGUCCUGGCGAAUGCUUAUGCUCAACAGGGUUUGUGUGAACAAACUGUAUGUGUUCUUCAGUUAAUGGAGGCAGAAGGAAUUGAGCCGAAUCUUGUUAUGCUGAAUUUGUUAAUCAACGCAUUUAGUACUGCUGGAAGGCAUUUGGAGGCACUAGCUGUAUUCCAGCAUAUCAAGGACAGUGGUAUGAGCCCAGAUGUUGUGACUUACACUACACUUAUGAAGGCUUUCAUGAGAGUAAAAAGAUUUGAAAAGGUUUUGGAAGUAUAUAAUGAAAUGGAGCGCGCUGGUUGUACCCCUGAUAGAAAAGCUAGAGAAAUGUUGCAUGAUGCCACUGUUACAAUGGAACAGAUGAGAUAUUACUGAAAUUGGAACCCCCAGCAACUCUGUAGUGGGCUGACACCUGACAUAUAAAUGUCUAUAACUUCAAGUAUCCCUUCUUUGCUUGCACAUCCUCGAUGGGUAUCCUGUAAGAGUAAACAUCAUGAGACAACAGUCAGCGCACAAAGGAGGUUCUAAUCCACAUGGUGUGUUUUGCGUCAUAUUACUCAUGACAAAUUCAUGGAUUCUGGAGAAACCUCCUCUAGCAUUUCCUCCAUUGGAGGUUCUCUGUUGUACAAUGAUAAUGAGCCGGCAAAAACUGACAUCCAUUGCUCCUUAGUUGCUGGACUCUGGAUUUUUUGAGGCUGGGCAGAAGGCCAUAUGGUUCGGUGCAUGCAUUUCUGGCUCCAGAAUGCAGGUAAGCAAGCAAGCAAACAAACAGCUGGAUGCUAUUUACAUUCAUUUACAGCGUAGGAUCAGCUGGUAUACGCUUGCCUUUGUACUGGAGUGCAGAUCUCACAGUCAAGGAAACAGUUACAGAAGUCUUUCAGGCAUCAGAACUAGGAAUAGUUUGAAGAUACCUGAAUUCAUGAUAGUGAAACAGGAAUACAAAUAU